CAGCAAAAACAUAUCAAGAGAAAACAAAGGAAGCAUAAGGCAACUAAAGAGUGACAAGCAAAGGAUUAAAGUCCGAUUGGUUUCGAGUUUAGGGUUUUUUCAGGUACCAUUAACAUAUUGAGUAGCGUUAUGGGUUCGGAGCGUGACAAGUAUAGCACGAUCAAUUUCGAAGAAACGGAGUUACGUUUAGGGUUGCCCGGAGGCGUCGGAAACGACGGCGAAAUGGCGAAAAAUAAUGGGAAAAGAGGGUAUUCAGAUAUGGCUGAUUUGAAGCUUAACCUUUCAACAACAACAAAGGAAGGAUCUGUAGUGGAUGAAACUGAGAAAAUGAAGGAGAAGAACUCUGUUGCUCCUCGCUCUGCUGACCCCGCAAAGUCCCCUUCAAAGGCACAAGUGGUCGGAUGGCCACCGGUCCGGUCUUUCCGAAAAAACAUCAUGACGGUUCAGAAAAACAGCUCCAACGAGGGUGAGAAGGUUGGCAGUGGAAGCAGAAGCAGCAGCAGCACCACAACCACGAACACCGCCGUGCCGGUUGCGUUCGUUAAGGUCAGCAUGGACGGUGCACCGUAUCUACGCAAAGUGGACUUGAAACUAUACAAGAGUUACCAGGAACUAUCCGAUGCCUUGGGCAAAAUGUUCAGUUCCUUCACCAUUGGCGACUGUGGAAGCUCACAAGGAAUGAAAGAUUUCAUGAACGAAAGCAAAUUGAUUGAUCUCUUGAACGGUUCUGAUUAUGUUCCUACUUAUGAAGACAAAGAUGGAGAUUGGAUGCUUGUUGGUGAUGUCCCAUGGGAGAUGUUUGUCUAUUCAUGCAAACGUUUACGAAUCAUGAAAGGAUCUGAAGCAAUCGGACUUGCACCAAGAGCGGUGGAGAAGUGCAAGAACAGAAGCUGAUGGUAGUUUCAUUACACAAUCAUCUCGGUUGAGAAUCAAGUGUUACAGAGAUUUAAAAAAACAGAGCAGCAAACCGGUUCGAGUCGGAUUGAGCAGGGAGUUUGAAUGUGUUCAUCAUCAGCAUGAAAAAGAAGAA